GUUGCGGGUACUUGAAGCCGAGACGGCCGCUUGCGCCCUCAGGGCGGGCCCCAUGGCGGAGCGGGAGCGCUGAGGCGGCGCCUUCCCGCCCAGCGCCGCCCCCUGACGGAGCGGGGAGGCCGGGCCGCGGCCAUGGCUGAGGAAGGAGCCGCCAAACUGCGCCUCAAGCCCAGGAAGGCGCCGGCAGCCUGCAGCCGGGAGCCCAGCCCUGGCUUGGAGCCCCCCCGGCGGCGCCAGGCUUUGGCUGACAGAAGUUCCUGGUUUGAAAAAGAUGAUUUAAAUGAGUGUGAAAAAACAUGGAUUUUGCUACUGAAGAACAUAAGUCAAGAUUUACAAUGCACAAGUUGGCAAGCAGUGUCCAGUUUUCCAGAGUUCUUUGGAAAGGUAGAGAGCUCUGAGAACGAGAGUCUACAAAAACAAGAAGUCUUUAAAAUUGGAAUGAAAGACUUUGAAUGGAUAUCUUUUCCAUCUUUUUGCAAGGAAGAAUUUUUAAAAACAGAGGAUCUUAGCUCCCCUCAGCUAACAGAAGGCCAAAUUGACUGUUUACCUGAGGAACAGGGCCAAGCAGAUGAACUGAAAAGUCUACCUUCUACAGCUGAGAAAACAGGCUGUGUAACUGCUACAGAUCAGGCCAAAAAUAUGGUUGGGGAGGACACACAAGGUACUUCAGAAAUGGCUGUAAAUCUUAAAUCAUGUAAAGUCACUCAGCAUAAACCUUCUACGUGCCACUUGACAUUGUCGCAAAGCGCUGCAAAAACUCUGAACUUUCAGCAGCACUGCAGAGGGACUGUACACAACAGCAAGGAAAACAGAAAACAGGAUAAGAAAGAGCAUCAAGCACAAAUGCAUCAAAGCAGUAUUUCGUUUAGUAAGGCCAAGGCUGUGGCUGCAGAAAAGAAGCCACCUCUUGUGAGCACGCCUGGAACUGAAAGCUGCAAGGAGAAGACUGCAAACCAGAGCGAAGGCUCUUUGACUCUCAACAGCUGUCCAAUGUGUCAGAUUCAGUUUAGCGCAACGAUGUCGCAAUUGGAUAUUGACAGUCAUCUCGCUAGAUGCCUGUCUGAAAGUGCCGAUGAUGUCGUGUGGUAAAGCCAGAAGGAUGAAGAGCAAACGCACAACCUGAAGAUGAACCUUUCUUGAAAGCAAAGGAAAAGUUUGUCAAGGAAACAGGUCCUUGUCUCAAACUUCUUGAAGGAUCAUAAAUCGGUAACUGAAAGGAAUGCCAAGUGCCA